CUAAUACAACGGACGCGAGUCCGGUCGCCAUAACAACGGUUUGUUUCUAUGUGAUGUGAUAGGACCUUAUUAGAAGUCAGAAUGAAACUCAAGCGGUUUCUCCUCAGAUAUUAUCCGCCAGGUAUAAUCCUUGAAUACGAGAAAGGAGGAUUUCUGAGGACCAAAUCAAUAGAUCUUUUGGAUUUGACUCCAGAAACAAAUCCAGAUGAGUUGGUGGAAGAAAUCAGACAAUCAGAGCCUCUGGUCACAAAGGCUCAGGCUGAUCAGGUCAAACAGCUGGUUAUUCGACUUCAGAAGAAACAGACCCAGCAGGACCAUCACAGGUUCUGUUUCUCCAAGGAGCUCAAGGCACACAUAUUGCCACUGACAAAUGUUGCCUUUGACAAAUCUGGGUCAAGGUUUAUAACUGGAAGUUACGACAGGACAUGUAGAGUCUGGGACACAGCCUCAGGCACAGAGCUGCACGUGCUAGAGGGUCACAGAAACGUGGUGUAUGCAAUUGCGUUCAACAACCCUUAUGGAGACAAGAUUGCGACUGGCUCUUUUGAUAAGACCUGCAAACUGUGGUGUGCCGAGACUGGCAAAUGUUUUCAUACUUAUCGGGGACACAUGGGAGAAAUAGUGUGUCUUGCAUUCAACCCCCAGAGUACGCUGGUGGCCACAAGCAGUAUGGACACCACUGCCAAGCUGUGGGAUGUGGAGAGUGGGGAGGAAGUGGCCACACUGACUGGUCACACCGCAGAGGUCCUCUCGCUGUGCUUUAACACAGUGGGUAGUCAACUUGUCACCGGUUCCUUCGACCACACAGUCACUAUAUGGGAUGUUGCUUCAGGAAGACGGGUCCACACACUCAUUGGUCACAUGGGAGAAAUAAGCAAUACUCAGUUUAACUGGGAUUGCUCCUUGAUUGUUACUGGUUCCAUGGAUAAAACCUGCAAAGUUUGGGAGACUGUCAGUGGGAAGUGUGUUGCCACCCUCACUGGACACAAAGAAGAGGUGUUGGAUGUGUGUUUUGAUUUAAGUGGUCAACUCAUUGCUACUGCCUCAGCUGAUGGGACAGCAAGAGUGUUCAGUACAGCAACACAUCAGUGUCUUGCAACCUUAGAAGGCCACGAUGGCGAUAUCUCCAAGAUCUGUUUCAGCCCUCAGGGCACCAGAGUCCUGACUGCCAGCUCAGACAAGACAGCUCGGCUCUGGGAUGCUCACUCUGGAGUCUGCUUACAAGUCCUGGAGGGGCACACAGACGAGAUCUUUUCCUGCGUCUUCAACUACGAGGGUGACACAAUCAUUACAGGCAGCAAGGAUAACACAUGCCGGAUCUGGUACUGAACAUUACCUGAGGCUCAGGAGGGCAUUUACAUGAACACAACAAUCAAAUUGUGUUUGCCAAAUAUUGCCCACUUUGUGUCUGCUCGAUUGUGGACUACUGUAAAAGAAAAACACAAAAAAAAAAUCACAAACUCCUGCUCAGUUUAAACUUUGACUUCUGUGUGAAGUUAAUGUGGUCCUAGAAAUCAACAGCAGCUUGGAAUCUCUGCUCAGAAGAUGUCAUCAAAAGGAGUCGAAUUCUUCAAUUUCAAAAACUGUUUGUUUUGUUCAAGCAAUAAUUGACGUUAUAGGAAAUAGAUGGAUUAACUGUACAUCAUAUAGUACCAGGUUUUCAGGUAACUUCACAUCAUUGUAGGAGUGCCCACCUGAUGAGAAAACACAGGCUUUCCUUUGCUUCCCACCACUAUUUUUUGCUAUACAACAUGCUGAAUGAGUCUGUGACUCUGUUCACAGUGACAAACAAAUCGCACAGCAACGCUUGCAAAGUCCCUUCCAUACAAGUGCAACGUAAAAAUCACAUACAUUCCUCCUUGUCCACACUAAGGUUGUUAGUCAUGGGUAAUUUAAACUGACAUUGGAAAAAGCUCUGAUUAGAUUUAUGUCAUGUUACAUUGUGUACACCCAACUAACAUAUUACUAACCUGUCAAAUACUGCCCCACAGUGUUGACUGUAGUGACCCUGAAACCUCUAAAUACUGUUGGGUAGCUGCCUACCAUUAGUUAAUUAGCACUCACCUUUGCUUUGACAAUAAAGAAUUUCUUGUUCUUCAUCACUCAAA